AUGGCGCUCUUUCCACGAUCCCAGCUGUUCGAGAUCGAGGACAUGCCGUGGUGUCCGUCCUGGCUCCGCGAGUACUCACACCGGGCGCUCCACCAGAUGUGGAACACGGUUGGGCCGGGCCGGACAAGUUCGACAGCCGCCCAGGCCUGCGACAUCCUCGUGUCGAAGCUGCCCGCCGCGCCGACCGCCUACACCUUCGUCGACGCCUGUGCCGGCGCCGGCGGGCCAACGCCCAUGUUGGAGCGCAAUCUCAACGCACGCCUCCGCGCACGCGGCGAGAAGCCGGCCCGGUUCGUUCUGGCGGACCUGUAUCCGGAUUGGGCCGCCUGGAAGAGGAUCACGUCCGCGUCCGAGAACAUCUCGUUCCAGAGCAAGCCCGUCGACGCCACCACGGUAACGCGCUACGUCGACGACGACACGCUGGAGUGCCGCCUGUUCAACCUGUGCUUCCACCAUUUCGACGACGACCAAGCGGCCAAGAUCUUGCGCGCGUCGAUCCAGAGCUCCGACGCAUUCGUCAUCUUUGAGAUGACACAGCGCAACAUCCCAGCGCUGCUCAACACGUCGCUGGUGAUCCUCUCCCCGCUGCUCACAACCCUGGUCUGGUUCUGGUGGUCGCCUAUGCACCUGAUCCUGACCUAUGUCGUCCCGGUCGUGCCCUUGUUCUUUGCCUGGGACGGCUACGUGUCGUGCAUCCGCACGCGCUCGCCCCAGGAGAUCCGGGACCUCAUCGCGACCGAGGAGAGCCGGGGGCGCCUGGACGCCAGCGGGUGGACCUUCCAUCACGGCGAAACGACGGUUCUUCCGCCCUUUGGCAAUUUAUAUUGGUUUGUGGGCGUCAGGAACAGCAGGGAUGCUGGACUUUAAGAUCGCGGGUUCAAC